CGGCGGCGGCGGCGGCGGCUGGAACGGGAUGGGACGGAGCGCGGCGCCAGGUGAGAUAGCUGGAGAAUUUUUGUCGGAGGCUUGUUAAUAUGAGAAAGCCGCUUCAUUGUGCUAGCAAAUUACAGAACAGCUGUCUUCUCAGACGUGUAAACAGAAAGGAUAUUCUCUGCUACCUUUUUUAAAUGGGGGCUGCAGCUUGUCUGCUUGUGCAGUGGAAAAGAGAAACCUUUUGAGCAGGGGAAGAAGCUGGAGAGCAGGUUGUGAGCCAUGCCUUUGGUGAAAAGGAACAUUGAACCACGGCAUCUCUGCCGAGGAGCUCUGCCAGAGGGAAUUACUAGUGAACUGGAAUGUGUAACGAAUAGUACCCUUGCUGCUAUCAUCCGCCAGCUAAGCAGCUUAAGCAAACAUGCUGAAGACAUAUUUGGUGAAUUGUUUAAUGAGGCUAACAGCUUCUACAUCAGAGCAAAUUCCCUUCAAGACAGAAUUGAUCGCCUUGCUGUCAAAGUUACCCAACUGGAUUCAACAGUAGAAGAGGUAUCGUUGCAGGAUAUCAACAUGAAAAAAGCAUUCAAGAGCUCAACAAUUCAAGAUCAGCAGGUAGUUUCAAAGAACAGCAUUCCUAACCCAGUGGCCGAUAUUUAUAAUCAGAGCGACAAACCACCACCUCUGAAUAUUCUUUCACCUUAUAGGGAUGAUAAGAAGGAUGGAUUGAAGUUCUAUACUGAUCCUUCCUAUUUUUUUGAUCUUUGGAAAGAAAAGAUGUUACAAGAUACUGAAGAUAAGCGAAAAGAAAAGAGGAGACAAAAGGAGCAAAAGCGUAUAGAUGGCACCACCCGUGAGGUGAAAAAGGUUAGAAAAGCCAGGAACAGACGCCAGGAGUGGAAUAUGAUGGCAUAUGACAAAGAGCUUAGACCUGACAACAGGUUGUCUCAAAGCGUGUACCAUGGAGCAUCUUCCGAGGGAUCCCUGUCCCCAGAUACUAGGUCCCAUGCAUCUGAUGUUACAGAUUAUUCUUAUCCUGCUACUCCGAAUCAUUCCCUCCAUCAGCAGAUAGCAAUGCCUUCGUAUGGGACAGGAGAUGGUCCACAGUACAUGGCAGCAUCCCAAAGCCAUGAGCAUGAAUACAGGCCACCUUCCACCACUGUACGACAUGCUACUUUAAACAGACCUCAGCAACCACCUCCACCUCCACCCCAGCCUUCAGACGGCCAGCAUAGCUCAGUACCUGUGGUACCAGCAGAAUAUGGGAUGCUUCCAGCUCAGAUGGUGGAUUAUUACAAUCCUACAGGCCCUCCCCCUCCUCCUCCUCCCCCUAUGAUUCCUUCAGCACAAACUGCAUUUGUUAGUCCCCUUCAGCUUCCUGUGCCACCUUCCCAUUCUGGACUGGUGACUGGCUCUGCAUACGCAGCUACUCAUCCUCCUCCUUCUAGUGGGCUUGUUGUCACUGCUCCUCCUCCUCCGGGCCCACCUCCUCCUCCUCCAGGCCCUCCUGCUGCAGGUUCAUCCCUCUCUUCCUCCCCAAUGCAUGCUCCUCCAGCUACAGAAGCAAAACGUCAUGAACCUGCACAGCCACCACUAAGCGAUGCACGGAGCGAUCUUCUUGCUGCCAUUCGAAUGGGAAUUCAGCUGAAAAAGGUGCAGGAGCAACGUGAGCAAGAAGCAAAGCGAGAGCCUGUUGGAAAUGAUGUGGCAACCAUCCUUUCAAGACGCAUUGCUGUGGAAUACAGCGAUUCUGAUGAUGACUCAGAGUUUGAUGAGAACGAUUGGUCAGAUUGAGCCUGGUCCAAGCCCAGUGGCCAGUUCAUUAAAUAAUUGGCUUCAGUGAUUGUGUUCUUAGCAAGGUGUAAAGCAGGCCACUGACACGCAUUAAGGCUAGUGAUCGAAGUGCUGAAAUUGAGUUGGUAUUAUUCAGAAUGCCGUAGCUUAGCAACUCUGGUAAUAAUGAUGUGAUUAUGCUUAUGCAGAUCAGAAACUUGUCUUACUUUCAGUAUUUACCGCGUAAUACUUAAGUGCCACUAAAUGUAGCAAAUCAUGUGCUGCGUGCAAAAUAUGCUGCAGUUGUUGCACUGUUACAGAACCAGCAUUUUAUUUUACUUUCCUAAUCUUGAAGGGAUAAAAUAUAUUUUUUUGACUUCACAUCUUAUUCUUUUAAUUAUGUAAGCAACUUAAGUACUUGUGAAUUGGUCUGGUUGCUAGUCUGGUCUUUGAGAGCAGUUACAAAUAUGACUGAGUGAAGUUUUGGGUUCCAUAAAUAUGAUUUGCAGCUUUUUUAUAAGUUACUAAUUAUGCCCACCUUAGUCUAUUUCUAAUCAUGUCUGGGCUUAGGUUUUUUUUGCAUACAGAAUUGAUUUUAUAUAAUCUUUCUUUUUAUCUUUAAAAGCGUAGCAGGUGAUGAAAUGUAUGUUCUGAAGAAUGAGUCCACGUGAUCCAAAAUGGACAUUUUGUGAGCAGACUGGCUAAGUUUGUAGCAGUACCAGCUCUGGGUUGCUGGCUGUUUGUUGGGCGGAGUGCUGGGGGCUCUCAGGUAGCUAGCAGAUGCGUGUCUGUGUUGCAAAUGAAAGUUGAAAUACCUGUGGAGCACUUCAGUUUCAUGAUACAGAUCGACUGGACCAGAGGCUUAAGGACAGAACUGAUUGAAGCCAUAUGGUUAUUGCAGUGUAGAAAUGCUACUCUCUGAUUACUGAGGAUGGGGACAGUUCAGAUCUAGCAAUCAGAUACAUUUCACAAGUAUUAAACUUGGUCUUUAUGCCUGUAGGUAUAAAUGUUUGUGAGUAAGUUUUGUUGAUUUGUACAUGUAUAGUCAUGACAGAUUGUUUCUGUUUCCUGUAGCACGUUUACUCAAAACUACUAUUACUCUGAAUGUAUUUCUUUCCCAGUACAUCCCCUUGAUAAAACAUUGGCAGUUAAAGCAGUUUUAAUGGCUGUUUAGGUACUAUGCCAUAUAUAUCCUCUUGUUUUCUCCUUCCCUAGGAACAACUGCUGCCAUACAGUCUGCUUUGGCUGUCUUGGUUUUCUUUAAAAAUAAGUAUUUUCUUUUUUUUUUUUUUUUUAGUACAGGAUUAAAUUUUGUUUUUGUUUUUUCUCUCUUCUGGACUGAGAGUCAGGCUGCUGCUUUGCCUAAUGAGGCUUUCAAAAAUGUAUCCGUAGCAGGGGAAGAGUUCUUUCUUUACCAGAUUAGUUUUAAUCUUUGUAGCUGAAGUCUGUGUAAUUCCAGGUCUAACAUUUGGUAAAGCUCCUUUGUUCUGUGAGGCCCUGUCUGUUCUUAAAAAAAAAAAAAAGAUGUAUGUAAAAUAAAAAGAGAAAUGGAAGAUAAUUAUCUAACCUGUGUUUACACAAUUAACAGUUUUAGUCCUGCGAAUGUAACAGUCUGACACAGCGUUUGCAUGCAAACUAUUGGCUACUGCAUUACUGUUUAAUCUGCAGGUGAGCUUUCAGUCGGUGGUGGCUGUCUCUCUAUGGGAGGGUGGUAACAUGCUGCCUCGAUGUUGGUGUUAAACUUGAUCACAUAAAGUAGGAGCAAUCUCCGCGUAAUGGGGAGCAACUGCAGGGCUUGGUCAUUGGUGGCAGCUGCAGGUACUCCCCUCUCUUCAGCUGGAGCUGGUUUUGUCUUUGCCUUAAAACACAGAGCUGAAGUCUGCUUCCUUUGGUGUCCUGAGGUCUGUGUGUCCACCACAGAGGACAGAACUUAGGCCACAACCCGAUGGUGGUUCUCCUCACAGUAUGAGAGAUGGUUUGUUCUGAUCGUCACAGUCUGUUUGCCCAGCAGCUUGCAAAAUGAUUCCUUGGACAGGCAGGCUAAAAUGCAACUGGGACUGCAGUGUUACAUCGCUGUAUAGGUGGGGGGAGAGUACUCUCAGUAUUCUUUUAAUACAUGCUGAAAUGAAAUAUCUCGGCAGAAAAUUAUUUCCGAUCUACUGAAAUUUGAUAUGACAGAAGUUAUAUUUUAUGAGCACAGAAGUUGGGUGUGUCUGAAAUUUUGUAAUUUGUGUUAAUUUUAAAUAAUAAGCAUUAAACAAACAGUCAGUUGUGACCAGUUAAGAUAAUGUAGAUUUUCAGUCAUAGUAGCCAACCUGUUUUUCUGAACCUGCAAUGUUGUCAUUUUCCUUUGGGCAUUUUAUUAAUAAAAUGUGAAUCGAAUUUAGUGAUGUAAACUAACAUUAUCCUAGGCUGGUUUAAUCAGUUUUACCAUACUUUGGGUUGUGAAUAAGUAACAAAUAUGAAUAAAAUCUCGCUUUUGAGUC